AUGGCCUCCAAAACAAGAGCCCUCAAUGCUGCCCAUGCUGCGGGGAUUUUCGCAGACAUGACUCUCGACGGCCCCGAGAUCGGCACCCUCGUCGCCGUAGUCGACAGGGCCAAAAACCUGCCGAACCGGAAGACCAUGGGCAAGCAAGACCCAUAUUGUGCUAUGAGACUGGGAAAAGAAGCCAAGAAGACGGAAACGGACAAGAGAGGCGGGCAAACACCCAGAUGGGAUCAAGAACUGCGAUUUACCGUCCACGACUCCCCCGACUAUUACAAAUUGAAAUGCUCCAUUUUCAACGAUGACAAGAAGACCGACCUCAUUGGCGAAGCCUGGAUCGAUCUAACAGAGGUCAUCAUUCCCGGCGGCGGACAGAGUGAUCAAUGGCGUCAAUUGAACUUCAAGGGCAAAUAUGCAGGAGACAUCCGGAUUGAGUUGACAUAUUACGAUACAAGACCCAAGCCAGAGCUCCUAGCAGAGAAGCAAAAACAAAGAGACAAAUUUCAUUCGACCGUCAGUGACGCCCCGAGCAUAAUUUCUGGCCCUCGCCAACUCGGUCCUCGUGAGAUCAAGAGAAGGCCACUCCCACCUGGUCCGGGUGGAAACUUCUCAGCUCUUUCGACCGCUCAGACUUCCGAACGAUGGCCCCGGGAAGACUCGCCGGAUACAAUUCCUGGCCAUGGAUAUACGAACGGCAACCCUCCACCUCGUCCACCAAAACAAAGGUUCGUUCCAGAGACUCCUGACGAUGUUGGAUAUGAUCUGAACCCUCAAUUCGGCCCCGACUCUUACGAACCGCCUCAAAACUUUAGUCCAUAUCAUCACCAAAGUCAAUCACCAAGCAAGUACUACGAUGACUACGACGAUCCUAUGGCGGUAUAUGGGGAGCAAGACCCAUAUGCCAUGGAUUCCUACCAACAAGCAGGCCUUCUGCCGCAAACCCAACCACCACAGGCUGUGCCAGGGGUCCUACCACCAGACCAUCAUUCCUCAUCGGCUCCGCAUUCGCCAUACGAUCUACCAGAUCAGCCUCCCUAUCAUUCCUCCCCUCCUCGAAUAACGCCGCAGCGCACGCCACCAGGGGGUGCGCAGAUUCAGCAUUGGAACGGCAGGACCAGCACAUCUCCGGUCAAGUAUGCCGCAUACAGGGAUAGUCCACUCCGCCAAUCUAUCAGUCCACAUGAUAUGCCUGAAGCGAUUUCGACCUCUUCCGAUCCACGGUUCGAUCAAGAUGGAUUACCACCGCCCCCUCCUGCUCACCGAGGUACCAUGACAAGGGUGCCGGCAUCUUCGUCGAGUCACAGAGACUCGUAUGGAGAACCUUCGCCACGCACCCCAGCGAAAUUCAACAGCGUCGAGGGUAGGAGCCCUCUUCAAAGGCUCGAGCGUGAUUAUGAUCCGUUUCAGGCAACCCCCCCUUCCCGAGAUAUACAGCGCCAAGUUCCAUCACCGCAGUCUUAUGAACCAAGCCCGCCACCGCCAGUCGACCAUGACCGAUAUCCCAUGUUUCCAUCUGAUAAGCGAAAAUCCUACAAUAAUGAUAUAAAUCAGCUUCAACCAAUAGGCACUGAGAAUGAAGUGCCCCCUCCUGAAAGGAUCAGCGAUCGCAUGUUCGCUCAGCGUCAUGACGGAGAAAAUAUUCAAGAGAAUUUCAGGCGUUCUACAGGCAAUGAACUGCCGCGGCGGGCGCAGACAUUUGACAACUUUGAAUUGUACGAUGAGAGACACGUCCGAAGUUCUGCUCCGGUCGUUGUCCGGCCUCGUCCAAUUACUCCCAAUUCUAAUCAUACCAUUCCUCGGAAAUCAAUUACCCCGACGUUCACAACGAGCGAUGAUCGCACCCAGAUGUCUAGUGUUCCGUUUGGACCUGGCUCGUACGAUGUGUUGAACCCCGGCACGAGCUCAACACCGGUUGAGGGUGCAUUCAACUCCCCAGAAGAUGCGUUCGAGGUGGCUCGACAGAAGGAGGUCGACAAAAUUCGGGAACAAGGUCCAAUUAUCGGGAACGAUGGAAGAGUGAUUGAUCCAUCGGACCAUCUUCCUUCUGACACGUGGGCGCCAGAACCUGAAAGAAAACAACGCAAGCCAGAGCAUGUCAUUAGAAUUCGCACAAGAGAAGAAGCACGAAAUCAAAAUCGGGCAGGAUCGUCGCCAGCCUCCGCUCGACCACACUCGAUUGCGGCGACGCCUUAUCAGGCCUCCCCAAGCGUUCCGGUGUCUUCACCGUACCAGACGUCAACCCCUCCAGCGACGGCUCCGGUUUCGCCUCAAGCCGAACCAUCCAGCGGCCGGAACAGGCUGAAGAAACCAAUGCCAAAUCGACCACUCCCGACGCAACCGUACCCGAGCCCUCAGGCAGGCCCAUCUGUGCAAAAUAGCGCCUCAAUCGAGCGACCUAGUCCCUCGAACCAACGUUAUACUAUUCACUCUUCUCCCAUCAGCGGAUCACCUCAGCGAUCUCCGUUUUCGGAAUAUCAAGUUCCGUCUGGGAACAGUUACAGCCCGCGCGGUGGUUAUGGGCCACCAGCAGGGCCUCAGAAUCAGUUGGAGUAUUCUCCAUCACCGACCAAUCCACCAAUUGAGAGGUCGAUGCCGGAGAAUCCCGGUUACGGCGGUGGCCCGUCGUAUGAUGUAGAGGAUUCCCUGGCGCUUGAAUUGAGCAGAAUUGACAUAGGGCCGUCGAGGAUGCCCAGGACGGCGUUACGGCCUCAGAAAGCAUACGGCGCGUACUAG